AUGUCUUUGAUGUACCCCUCGUAUGAAAGAGACCGACCGUUUGAUAGAAGAUUUCCUCCAUUACAAAGAUAUGAAACCGUAACGUGUGAUGGUCUAUCUGAACCAAGUAGUGCCUCAUUUGAUGGUGUUCCUAUUAGUCCUAGAAGAAACGUAGAAUUCAGUAGAUGUUUUGGAGAGAAAAGUCAAGAUAAAAUCUCAUUAACUGAUGAAAUAACAGAAACAACCAAACUAACCUCGGAUUUUGAAAAAAGUGAGAUAAAGGACAGAAAAUCGGACGAACAUGAGAAACAGUCUCCAGUCUCAGGGUCAGGGUCUGAUGAUGGUCAAGGUCACAAUGGAGCUCGACGAGUUUCCUUUCAGCUUCAAAAUUUAUCCCAGCAUACCACACCAACACAUGUUCCCCACCCCCUUAAAAAAUUUAGAAGGUAUACAGAAGGGGACUUUCAUCACCUGAAGAGAUCCAAAAUUGCGAAAGUGUCGGUACCACGUCAAUAUUCUCUCGGAGCACCAAUAAUUAAUGGUUCUGUUAGUACCAUAGAACAAUGUAUCAAUCAUAACGAGAAACAUCGGAAUUCUGUACCCACCACGACCCUAUCAGACGUUAAUAACUUUUCUAAUGUGACUGUCGGUUCUUCACCUCCCAAAAUUAAGUCAAUACGGACUACGCAGGUGUCGGCAGAAAUACAUCAAUAUCCGGCUAAACUAGCGGAAUAUCGCCGAGAUUUAUUAGACUUUAAACGAGAAAUUCGACCCAUGCCUCCAUUAAAUUUUAAUCGCUCUGUUUUUCAAAAGCCACCAUAUUCUCAAAGUUUAGAAACGGUGAGUCCAACUCAGUGUAGUAGAGAAACUCGGAAAGUGAAAAGUUAUGAAGAUGUGGCAGACUAUGAUGUGCUCAAAAUCACAGAAUUUUCCACAGGGCCUUUUUAUAAUUCAGAUUUUGAAGUUAUAUCUGAACAUGGUUCACCAUUUUCGAGUAAAGUGAGAUAUAACGAUACAGGAAGCUUGGAAAAAUUAAACGAGGAACAAAUCGAAUAUCUUGGUGACCUUGACCUUGAAUCAGUCAUUCCUGAUGAAAGUGAUGAUACCGAAACUCUAAAUGGAACUCAGAAAUAUCGCGAGUUGUGGAGUUUACGGACUACUUUGGAAGAGGAAGAGGAAUGUAGUGAUACGAUACGUAUGGAGAAUAUGACAUCACCAGAGGAAUCUCCAGAUCGUGAUCACGCUACUUUAUAUACAACGUCUUUUGAAUCAAACACAGAGCCCCCUAGUGACACAGGAAACACUUGUGAUCCAACUGACAGUGGAUUUCAUUGGGAGAGGUCUCGAAAAUCUGCCAACAAUUUGCUUCACCCACCAAAUCAAGAAAACAGACGCCAAAAUUAUCGGAAUAUUUUAUCACGAAGAUUACAGAAAGCUGGUCCGAACACUAGUACAGAAAACAGUUUUGAUUCUAUUGAAACUGACGGAGAUGUAUCAGACACCAGCAGAUACGAAGUCACAACAUCAUUCGAGUCCACAACAGAUAAUACCGACAGUACGACUGAGAGUCAACAUCGUCUUCAACAAAUGAAAGGAGACAGUGGCUACAAAUCUUUAGAAACUCAACAAUCAACCAAGGACUCAGUUGACGAAGAGAAAAAACCUUCUCCAACAGAAAUUCACAAUUCCCCUCCAAAAGAGGAACCAGAUGGAUCAAAAUCAAACGGCGGCAAAAGAAAUGGAAAUAGUUCUUAUUUUGAUAGACGAAAUGCACGGACUGCUUCUAAGAAGCGUAGAGAAUAUAGCCGACAAACGGUGAGAGUGUAUGAAUCUAUAAACGAACCAGAAACGGACUCCAGAUCAGACCUGCCAUCUGGUGACAGUUUUGAAGACAAUGCCCAACCCAGUAAAAUGUUUGUGUUUUCCCGUUUUUUUAAGUCACAUUCCCGAGGAUCUCGAGAUCGGUAUCUUCAACGAGACUAUAGUAUUGAUGAAAAAACUAAUAAAAUAUUUAAUGACUUUAUGCGUAGCGAGCCUGUUCGGGAGCCUUAUUCCAGACUAGGUGUUCGACGUUCCCCACGACUUCACAAUAGACAUCGCCUUCAUCGUAAACAGACGGAACCCUUGUUAGGGGAGGAGAGAAGACGAGACAGAUUGGCUCCAGAGAGACGAAGCACAAGUUUGGGCAGUGAUAGCAGUGCCAGCUCAGUCAGACGUCUGUCCCCCCAAGACUCUAUUGAAGAAGAAGAAUUUGAAGGUGAAGAAGAAGAGGGUGUAGUGAUCAGAGGGAAUGAUAUUCAUUACCCACGAACCAUAGAACCAACACAGCCUACUGCUAUUCAUCCCAUACCAAUAAUCAAACUACCAGAAGAAGAAUCUGGCGACUCAUAGCUGCUCAUGAACUCUAUUGCCAGAUUAUCUGCUUACAAAUUAACCUUUCUGUUGCCAGAUUGUUGUCUGCUCAUAAAGAGACUAAUCAUACCAAUACCAAAUCUUAAGGUUGAUAUGUGGCCUUGCUUUAAAGGGAUAUUGUUGUUUGAAUAUAUAUUUUCAACAGAAAUUGCUUUUGACUUUGAAAACCUGGUUGAUUUUGGAUAGAAGUUUCUAUGAAAGCUGAUUUAUAGAAUAAUUUAAAUAUGGCCAUUGAUGUAAUAAUAUCAGAAAUUUCAGUCUGCGUAGAAACUUAUUACUGCUUUCACUUUACUGGAAUAUUUGUUUGCUAAAAUGGCCCACACAUCAAAGAGAUCACAACUUGCGUAUGGUUUCAAAUAAGAAUAGCGUAUUAGCGUUUGGGACUCGUGACCACUUUCAUUAUUGGCAACCAUAUACAACUUGUAAUCUCUGAUUUGAGAGCCACUCAGUUUAUGUCAGAAUUUUAUUGAAUUUCAUUUCUUGAGCUAUCUACUGUUAAAACAUAUAUCUAGACAACUAUACCUCUUUAAAUCUAAAUACAAUCUCUCUUAACAUUCAUGUUCAUUAUAUCAAAUUCUCAACAGUCUAUAACAGGGAUUCUCUACCACUUGCAAAAUGGGGCACAACAGAACUUGAAGAAAAC